CCUCGGAUAGCCUUGAUCUCUUUUUAGUCUCCGCCCCGCCGCUCGGCUCGCGCCUGCGCAGUAGCGUCCAAGUGGUUGCUAGGAGAGCAGUGGCCCUAGUGAUGGAGCCGGAAUAAAUUAGUUCAAGAGGGCAGGAUGCCGCACAAGAUUGGGUUUAUUGUUGUAAGUUCAUCAGGGCAUGAGGAUGGCUUCAGUGCGAAAGAACUGAUGGUCCACGCCCCAACCAUCAAUGGCUGGAGGUCACCAAGGCUCUGCCAGUAUCCCCAAGAAAUCGUCCUUCAGAUGGUGGAGCGAUGUAGGAUUCGAAAACUGCAGUUGCUGGCUCACCAGUACAUGAUUUCUAGCAAGAUUGAAUUCUACAUCAGCGAGAACCUGCCUGAAUAUUUUGCACCAUACAAAUCAGAGAGGUUCCGAAGGCUUGGUUAUGUGUCUCUCUCAAAUAAUGAGAAAACUGGCUACAAGGCGCGAGAACUGAAAUCCGUCUACGUAGAUGCUGUUGGCCAAUACCUAAAGUUGACGUUCCACAAAAACUAUGUCAAUAGGUACAACCUGUACAGUCAGGUUGCUCUUGUAGCAAUAAAUAUCAUUGGAGAGCCUGCAGAUGCCAGCAAUGACACUAAUCAUUCUUCUAGAGAGAAGCUGAUCGACCAUUACCUUGGGAACAACCCAGAUGACUCGGCCUUGGAUGGAACAUACACCGGGAAGCCAGAUUUGAUUUCACCACUGGAUGACCUGGCUUUUGACAUGUACCAAGAUCCUGAGGUGGCGCAGAUAAUCCGCAAGCUGGAUGAGAAAAAGCACGAAGCAGUGCGCCAGGAGCAUUACGACCAUGCCAAGAAACUCAAGCAAGCUAUUGCAGACCUGCAGAAGGUUGGCGAGCGGCUGGGCCGCUACGAAGUGGAGAAGCGCUGCGCCGUCGAGCGGGAGGACUAUGACCUCGCCAAGCAGAAGAAGCAGCAGAUGGAGGAGUACCGCCUCAAAGUGUACCAGCAGCUGGAGCUGCACAAUCUCCUCGACCCAGAUCUGUUGAUCCGGCGGCCUCCCGACUUGCCUCUGGAACCUGUGGCUUAUCCCACCACUUCUCCCCAGCAGAAAAGGCCUCUGAUUUCACCCCGGUGGGACAAAACCGAAGCGGAGAGUCCUGAGCCGCCUCCUCCUGAAAAGCCACCAGAAGCUCCUUCUCCAGAGCCCCUUGCAGCUCAGGCCAUCUCUCCUCCCGCUGCCCAGGCCCCCAUCUCCACUGAGGCUUUUCCAAAGAUCAACGUUGAAUUCUUACCUUACGAUGAGAGGCCCCUCCCGACUAUUCGUAAGCAGCAGGAGGAAGGCUUUCCCUACUUGGACCCUGAGAUGAACGAGGAGGACCCUGGCGACACCCCAAGAAGUGGCGUUGUCGGAGAGCCAGAGCCGCUGACCGAGAAAGCUCUGAGGGAGGCCAGCUCAGCCAUUGAAGUGUUUGGGGAAGGCCUGGUUGCAGGGGCCUAUUCCAAGACAUGGUCCUACCGCGAAGACUCGUUGCUCGCCAUAUACAAAAAGAUGACGGAAGUAUCCACAAACACGCCAAAGGAUGACCUGAAGAACCUCCUUCGGGGCGCCAUCUUCCUCAUAGUGAGAGCCAUAAAAGACAUAGUCUCCUCGGUUUUUCAAGCUUCCUUAAAGCUCCUAAAGAUGAUCAUCACGCAGUACAUCCCCAAGCAUAAACUUGGGAAGCAAGAGACCACUUACUGCGUGGAAAGGACCUUCCCCAACCUUCUCUCCAGGACGGGGGACUCCUCUGCCCGCCUUCGUGUAGCGGCUGCCAACUUCAUCCAGGAAAUGGCCCUCUGUAACGAAGUGAAGCCUCUUCAGAUUAUACCUGCUCACCUGGUGCAGCCUGUGAAGCCAAAUUCCCCUACACAUCUUGCAAUGAGCCAGGUGGAAUUAGUGGAACGCUUGCUGAAAGACCUAGGGACGGAUAACACCGGUUUUACCGUCGAUAACGUCAUGCGGUUUGCAACGGGAGCUCUGGAGCAUCGAGUAUAUGAGGUCCGGGAAACAGCCCUCCGGAUCAUCCUGGAUAUGUAUCGGCAGCACCGAGCCAUCAUCCUGGAUUACCUUCCUCCUGAUGAUGCCAACACACGCAAGAACAUUCUGUACAAGACGCUUUUCGAUGGGUUUGCUAAAAUAGACGGCAAACUCACAGAAGCUGAAAUAAGGGCGCAGAGAAAGACGGCUACCGACGAAGCUGAAAAGCAAAAGAAAGACGAGAUCAAAGUGUUGCAAGGUCAGCUGGCAGCUCUGAAGGACAUGCAGACGGAAGCUCAGGCUGUAAAGGAGAAAGAGAAUGAUUUUCAGAAGUCCAAGGCUCAAGCCGAGUUCUUGAAAAAAGCCCCACAGCCUCCAAAAGCAGACACUCCAGAUGACCACACUUCAGUUGCAAAUUACCUCGACAACCUCUGCAUCUUCUGUGGGGAGAGAGACGAAUCCUUCACAGAGGAAGGCCUGGAUCUCCACUACUGGAAACAUUGCCCAAUGCUGACAAGGUGCGAGUUCUGCAAACAGGUGGUUGAGAUUGCCAGCCUGACGGAGCACCUGCUGACAGAGUGCGACAAAAAGGACAACUUUGACAAGUGUCCGCGCUGCUGCGAAGCCCUGCCGAAGGACGAGCUGCCUCGGCAUGUCAAGGGAAAGGCCUGCAACCCUGCCAAGCCUGAAAAAGUGGCCAAUCACUGUCCGUUGUGCCAUGAGAAUUUCACGCCAGGAGAGGAGGCCUGGAAGGUGCACCUCAUGGGCAAAGACGGCUGCCGCAUGAACCUGAGACGGGCCCAGUCCUUGAACAAGAGCCUGCCAAUGCAGCCAGUUGCCGGCAGGCCUGUCGGAGCACCUCUCAACCGAUCCGGGCCGACGGGCAUGAAGCUUCGCUCCCCAUCGGUUGGCAGCAAGAUCCCCACCCCACGAGGAGGCAUGAAUAAAAGCACUGGCAGAACGUAUGCAAAGCGAUGACGCGGAUCUCUUCUUUCCUUUUGGCUCCACAACCGGCUGCACUUUACGCAUCUCUCUCUAAGAUUCUGCUUGCAGAUAGCGGCGGUACCCUGCCUCACACUCCUCUCCUUCCCCAAGUGGCACAGUUAUAAGCCAAUUGCGUCUCUGUAUGAUUGUUUGGCUUCGAUAGGUUGGUCCUCUCUUCCCUGGGGAUUGUCCACACAGGUGGAGAAGUUGCACAUCAAAAACUCCAUCUGGUGGGUGCUCACUCCUUGACUGUGAUCUCUUGCAGCACAAAAGCAGGGGAAAGAGGAAGCCUUGUCUAAGCCUUCUUACACCCUCUAGUUUCUGGGUCACUUUCUCCUUGCACUACAGGCCCAGGCACAAGGAGGUGGGUUCUUAUGUUACAUGGGUUGUCUGAAUUUGGUGGGAUUUGCCAUGCCAGUCUUUCUCCUAGUUCUCCUAGCCCUGCCUAGUUCUCAUAAGCAUUUCUCUAGGCAGUGACUUACAGUCUAGGCUCAGCCUGAAGCAUUUGCUCAUGAGGUGUGUUCUACACAUUAGGAUCUGUUGCGUCUCCUGCUGCUCUUGCAGAUUCCCUACUGGAUUCUGUGGGGUUUCUGCAGGAGAUGUUCCCCCCAUAAGUCUGAUGUGUCUGUCUCCCACUCUGCUGCUCUUAUUGUCCCCCCCCCAAAAAAAAACUACCACCUGAGGCACCCUAGGAAGGCCAUGCCUGUUCCUUGUUCAUAAUCAGAUACAAAAAAAACACACAGAUUUAAGCCCCACAAACUAGGCAGCCGGGCUGCCAACCAUAGGCCUUUCUGCCCUCUUCCUGUCUGGUUGAAAGGUACAUUCCUCACCCUAUUUUCUAGAAAGUUUUGCUGAUCCACCAUCACCUCCAAAUGCACAUAUGAGAGAACUGCAGGGGCCAAUAAAUAUUGGCCUAAGAACCAGUUCGUGCCAUUUGGGUGGUCUGGGGGGUACAGCUUUUGGCUGCCUGUUCCAUUUCAUCUUUCAAGUGGGGGGUAGAAGUGGGAAUUGCAUGCUUAAAUGCUUGCAUACUUUGUUAAAAAAAGAAACCUCUCCAAUGUCAGAGGAAAGGGCUCUCACCUGGCCUUCUCCUUGACAUACUAGAGUUUCUGCAUACAUCAUGGAUGGGCAGCUGAUGGCCCUCCAACAGUUGUAUCCAACCUAGUUCUACUCAGAGUAGACCCACUGAAAGCAGUGAGUUAUGCCAAUAAAGAUCAACGGGACGCACUUUGGGUACAACCCCAGAGGUUGUGGGACUCCAGCUCCCAUCAGCCCCAGCCCACAACGUUUGGAGGUCCACAGGCUCCCCAUCCCUUGAAUCCUUGGGAUGUUUUCAUUUUCAAAGCAUUUAAUUCCCCUACCUGCAGUCUAAACUACUGAAGUCCAACCAGAGCUGUCCCAUUUGACCUAUUUGAUCAUGUUCUGCUUGAAAAGAUGGGGCAGACCAGAAUCCCCUUCUCUAGAGCUCAAGAGGCAGUUCUAGUAACCCAGCACAUGUGUGGGCACGGCACAUUAUGUUAAGAAGCAAUAGGGGCGAGGGAAGAACCCAGAAUCUUCGCUAUGUGCAAAGCACUCUGGAAAUGAGAACUGACAGGUGGUUGCAGUUCUUGCAGAUCUAAAUAAUAUAUCAGCCUUGCGUUCCCAAACAGGGAUUUUCCAACCUCUCUGGGAGGUUGUCCUCCCUCAGAGAGCAUAGCAUAACACUUUGGAUGAUAAAAGGAUGCAUCCAUUAAUGGGAAGGGCAUUCCCAUGUAAUGGAAAAGUUUGAAAACCACUGGAUCAGGUUAAUGAAAAUCCUUAACAACCUCAGGAAUGUUAAUCAAGUCAUGAAAGGGUUUAGUUGCCAUCCCAUCCUUUGCUUUAAAGGAUCAUCUGAAAGGACAGCAUUCUAAAACUUGUUCUGCUUCUUCUUAUAAGAUGUGUAAUGGCUGAUGUGGGAUCUGCAGGCUUUUGAAUUGUGCAAACUUCAGCAAGCAGAAAGAAAAUCUUGAAUCAGUGUGAUCUUGCCUGAAAUCAGUGCCAAUGGCAGUGCUGUUUCUCUGCGAGUGACAGAUGCAGUAGGAGACAUACUGGUGGCACAGCGAGCAGUGGCAGCAGCAGGUAUAGUGACGGCAACAGCAGUGUCAGGCAGCAUUUCCCAUUUUGCCUCAAGCAGUGAAACAGGAUGCACUGCCCCUGGCUCAGUGUAUGUGCAGAUGUAACAUACCUCUUUAUUAAAAAAUAAUUUUAAAAGAGCUAGAGACUGGGCAGUGGGGAAAACGACCCUGCUGCCCUUCUAGCCCUGCUUAUGGGCUCCCAGAAAGCAUCUGGUGGGUGCUAAGCUAGAUGGACUCCUUGGGCUGAUUCAGCAGGGCUUUUCUUAGGGGGCUUUCAUUCCUUUCCUUCUGCAAAAGACUCGCUUUAGCCUUCCUUUUCUAGUCCUCGCAGGUAGGAGCAGCAAACCUAGCACAGCAGAGGAAAGGCUUUUGAUUGGGGUGGGACACUUCCAAUUUUAGAUGGUUGUGCUGUGCUACGAGGAGCAUAAGUGAGCAUUAAGCACUUUCACGCUUUCUGGCACAAAUCAAACAUGCCUAUGGGCGCGCGCGCACACACACACACACACACACACACACACACACAGCAUUCCCUUUAUCUACUCACAAGCACGUCAAGUAAGAGUAAGGGACAGGUUGGUGUAUUUAUCACUCCACACACACCCACUGAGAGAGUUGAAUAGAAAAGCUCUCUCCUGUCCACUUAAGUGGGGUCUGGGGGCCACUGUAACAGCUGUGGAACGUGCCCUGCACGUUCCACCUCCUUAUCUGAGCCUCUCUCAACCCUGUUCCAUCCCCCUAGAAGCUGCCAUAAGUCAGGCUUUGUACUGGAACCUCUUGAAACCCUCAGCCGUGGCCCAUCACAGGCCACAGAUACGAUGCUGUGGGUCAUGAUGCAGAUGAGCUGCUGCUGAAAGGGGCAAAUGGAAACACAGAAGGGGAGGGGAGGUGGAUGUUUCCCCAAACAAAGGCCUGGAUUGUCCUUUGGCUUGUUUAGGGCAGAACAAGAAGUUACAUUGGCAAACGCAAGUUCCCAACCCUUUUGUCUGCUGAAGAACAGGAAUCCUGGGGCAGGAGAGAAGCAGCCGGGGAGCCCACUUGCGCAUGCACCCAGAACCCCUGUUCACUGCUUUGACCCAAACCAGACCUGUUUUGGAUAUAACAGGUAAAAAAGCCAGUGGAGGGGUGGGGUUGGGAGAACAGCCAGUGGAAUACAGAUUAAAUACCCCUGCUUUUUUACCCCCGAGUGUCAUCCCUUUUCCUGCAUUCACAUGCCUUCCUGUACACCUUCCUGUGUAAUCACAGGAUCUUGGUGACCUUGGCUAGAAAUAACCGAGUUACCUCUAAGGAGGGAAACGUGUUUGCAGGAGCAAACUUCCAACGCAGGAUAUCUUUAGGUGCACAAGACGUGCGCUUGCCCUUCAGAUUCCCCAAUGUGGGGCCAAGGUUUGUUGCAACUCCCCACCAAGCCAGUCCAGUCAGAGGCUCACCUAAGGGAGCAGGCGCCAACACAUCUUCAGUUGGGGUUUUCAAGACUUAAGUUGGAUAGCUUGCCAUGUUGCAACUUAGCCAUGUUGUAUGGUUUUGUAGGAAAUGAGCAAAUUGAUGGAUAGCAGGCCUGAUUCCAGAGUUUUGCACUCCUUUUGUUACAUCAACUUGCACACAGGUUUGUACUGCUCUGAUAAUAAAGGUCUAUAUUUCAACAAGGA